GAACCUCGCUGCCCGUUGCGGGCUUUUGGGAAUUUUUACUUUUGAGGGUUUCCUGAAACUUCCCGAAAGAGACCAACCCUUGAUACUUUAUUCUCUUAUAUCCUCUUUCCCCUCCUGUGCGACCGAGUUUUGCCCUAGACUUUCGAAAGGCAUCAUCAUCUAAGAGCCCAUAUCUGACCCCUCAGACUUUCGCCAUGUUCGACAUAUUUGCCAAGCUAUUGUCCUCCAUCGCGUCCUUCCUUUUCCCUCUGUUCGCCUCUUACAAAGCUCUCAAGACUACCGAUCCCGCACAGCUUACACCAUGGCUGAUGUACUGGGUUGUCCUCGCCUGCGCGCUCUUGGUUGAGUCGUGGACUGAGUGGUUUCUCUGCUGGAUCCCAUUUUACGCAUAUAUUCGUCUCCUAUUCCUCCUCUACCUCAUCUUGCCUCAGACACAAGGCGCCCGCGUCCUCUAUCAAGACUAUAUCCACCCGUACCUGCAGGAGAACGAAGACCACAUCGAUGACUUCAUCGCAUCCGCACAUGACCGGGCCAAGGCCAUGGGGAUAAUGUACUUGAGGCAGCUGAUUGAGUACGUCAAAGUCAACGUCCUGGGUAUGGCCCCGUCCCGGGUCGAGGAGCAGCAGCAACCACAGGCCCAAGGCUACGGCGGUCAGGCGUCAUCCGUAACCCAGAACCUGCUUGCGCGGUUCACUCUACCUUCGGCACGUUGGUCCGGUGCUGGUGGCGACUCCGACGGCAACAGCGGCGCCGCCAACGACUUUUACGGCAUGCUGGCUGGCGCCGUGGGCGCCGCUAUGAGCUCGGCCGGCGGUACUAGGGACAACCAGCAGGGCCCCGGCGUUUCCCGAUCCGUCAUACCCAGCCAUGUGAACGAGGCCGACAAGGCCACCUUCAUCGCAACGCAGCGCGAGCGCCUCACCACCCUGCUGGCGGCACUGGACCGCGAGGCCGCGAGCGUGCAGUCUGGGGCGUCAUCAGCCUCCACGCCUGUGCCGAACAAUUCGUCGUCGCAGGGCUUCUUCCGCGUAAGGGAUGUGGUAGAGGGUCUGGCCGACACGGCGGCUGGGCUUACCAAAUCGCGCAGCGAGACGGACUUUGAGAACAUCGAUGCCAUGAGCGGGACUGAGGAGGUUGGAGGCGACGAGGACGGUUCUCUCAGGCGUCGGACGCAGGCAGCGGGCGGUUCUUGGAUGCCAUGGGGCUGGGGAGGAUCACAGUCGCCGGCGGCUGGUGACCCUGCCAACCCUGAUAGGUCCAACGUUGGCCAGAGCUCUGGCGUGAACACCAACGCCGGCCAGUAACUGUUUCUUGUUUUGCCCUUAGCUAUUAUUGAGUCUGACUUCUUUUUGAGUUCAUUCUUUUGGUUCCGCAUGUGAUCUCACGUCACUUGUGGAGUUCAUUCUUCCUUCCUGUUGGCGGCUCGUCCCGACGACUGGUAGUAUCUUUGAGUCUUACAGGAUAAACAGGAUUACCAUCAUUAGAUGUGAGCCGCAAUGGCCGAAUUGGAAUCGAGUUGUG